AUGGCCGAGACCGAACGCCGGCGGAGACGGCCACCAAUAAGACGCAAGAUCCGGUGUAAUCGAGAGAGCCCAUGCAGUAAUUGUGUGCGCUCCAAAAAUGCAAAUUGCAUCUAUGAGAAUCUUUUUUCUCAGCCUCAGCAGGCGACUGAGCUUCACAGCUCAAUCUCACCCAUCGCAGCGGUAGCGGCACCGAGUCUCACAUCUAAGUCAUCUCCUAGGGUAGCUAGUACAACAACUGCAUCAACAGCCGCCGGUUACCAAUCCUCCCAAGAUAUUGAGUUUUUAAAAAACAAGAUUAAAGAGCUUGAAGAACGGUUAUCGCAAUCAAAUGGGACUUCCCAGUCCCCUAUCCAGACCCCGGGUUCUAAUAUAGAGGCCAUCUCAUCGCGUAUUGGCGGCACGUUCUAUGUUCAUCAUGAAGAACCCUUGGCUGGCCAGCCCCAGAAUAUCUCCCGUAGUGUUACGCAUAAGAGCCGAAUGUUCGGCCAGAGCCAUUGGAUUACUGGAAUGGCCUUGGUGCGAGAUAUAUUAGACUUGAUCGAACCUCAUGUGCAUGAAGACACAUGUAAGAUCACUACUCUUAUGGUAAAAUCUAAGUCUCUAGCAAGAACUAUUAAAGCACAGCGGACCCCACAUUGGCCUUCGCCAUUAAAAACGGAUCUGCCCCCGAAAGACAUUGCCGACGAGCUUGUCGACCAUUAUUUUCGGACAACUGAGACUAUAUAUCGAAUACUUCACAUCCCCAGUUUCAAAAGAGACUAUGAAGCUCACUGGACAUCACAAGCUGAACCUAAUACGGCGUUCCUAGUUCAGUUGAAGUUAGUAUUAGCAAUCGGAGCUACCACUUACGAUGAGAAAUUCACUUUGCGAACAUCCGCUAUGCAAUGGGUUUACGAAGCCCAAACUUGGAUUUCCGAGCCCGGAUUCAAGCAUAGACUGAACCUUCAGUUUUUGCAGAACAAUAUUCUUCUUUUACUAGCUCGAGAAUUCGUCGACGUUGGCCCGGAUUUAGUAUGGAUCUCGGCUGGUACGCUCGUCAGGAUUGCAGUGUACAUGGGGUUGCAUAAAGACCCUACACGCCUCCCCAAGGUAUCGACUUUCACCGCAGAGAUGCGCAGGAGGUUAUGGAAUACGAUACUGGAAAUAUCUCUGCAGUUGAGUUUGAUUUCAGGGGGUCCACCGUUUAUCUCUAUGGACAUGUUUAACACCGAGCCCCCCAGAAACUUCGAUGACGAGCAACUCGCGGUCGAGGAUCCUCCACCAAAACCAGAGAGCCAUUUCACUCAAACAUCUAUAGCUAUAAUCCUUCGGAAGAUAUUUCCAGCUCGCCUCGCUAUCGUGAAGUUCUUAAACAACCACGGUUCUUCCGGUACAUACAAGGAGACACUGCAAUUAGAUGCAGAAUUAAGGGCAUCCUACAAGGCCGUACUUCGAACUCUUCAAGGAUACAAGUCAACCACAGGAUCGCAGCCCUCGGAAUUCGCGAUGGAUGUAGUGAGCCUCCUGAUGAACCGCUACUGCUUAUCCCUCCAUAUUCCGUUCUUCGUCCCCGCAAUGGAUGAGGCUGCCUAUGCGUUUUCUAGAAAAGUAGUGGUCGAAACUUCGCUCAAGAUUUGGCGUGGCGUAUUUCCUUCGCCACUUACCCCAACCUCUCAAUCAUGUCAUGGCACAGUUGUACCAAAUCAGCACUACUUAGCUCGACUCGCAGUCUGUGCUUCGGGAUUUUUCCGGAUCAGCCCCCUGCAGGCGAGCGUCCUCAUAGCGUCAGAGCUUAUGGGUCAACUACGAGAGGAAGAAACUUUGGGACCCGGACUGGUACGGCAAGACCUUUUGUCUGUUGUUAGCGAGGCAAAAACCUGGGCCUGGAAGUGCAUUGAGGCUGGCGAGACCAGCGUUAAAGGCUACUUUCUCGCAAGCCUCCACGCAGCACAGAUCGAGGGGCUCAUGCAAGGCCUUGAAAAAGAGGAGCUUUCGAGAUUUGUAGUCAAGGAAGGGGAGAAAGCCGAAGAAAUGUGCUUCCCAUUGCUUGAAGAAAUGCUUUCUAGCAGAAAAACCGAGGGUUCCGCUGGAGCACCUGAGCAAACUACGCCGUCUCAAAUGGUAGAAGGUUGGGAUUUGACUAUGUCAGACGCCCUGUUCGAUUUUGGGGAGACGGAACUUAUAAAUUGGGGCUUCGAUGAAAACUACCAGGGACUGUCAUUUAAUUGA